AUGGGGGUUCACCAAUCCCCGGACACUUGCCUGUGGUCUUCUUCUGUGGAGGCAUCGGGCUCCUGGAAGAGCGAGAUUGAUGGGCUGACUGUUAUUAAAGUUGAAGAUGACGAAAUGUUAAUGAUUGGUGGUGAGGAAGAUGAAACCCCUCCAGAGAUGAGCACAGACCUAGGAGACACCAGAACUACACAUAUGGACUUCAAUGUUGAGGUGGAGGAUGAAGGACAUGUAAGGGUUAAAGAGGAGGAUCUUCUGGUAGAGAUCAGCGAAGAUGGCCUUCUAUACACCAAUGUUGUAAAGAGCAGCUGGAGUGAAGAUUUUACAGUCAUUGUCAAAUCAGAAGAGACAGAUACGAGCAAUGAUGAGUCGUGUGAGGAGGAGGAGGAAGUUUCUCCAGAGAUCAGCACAGAUGGACAAUACCUAAGGGAUGACUUGACUCAGAGCUCCAAAACCUCUUCAGGCAAUGACACAGACGAUGACGGCAAUGUAUCUGACCCUUCAGAAGAAAAUCCAGUUAACCCAAAUAUUCAUUCUAAGUGCCUUCCCAGCCGGUCACAAGAAAUAUUUCCAUUUUCCGAGUGUGGGAAACGUUUUACCUUGAGAGCCAAACUGGCCGUGUACCAGAGAUCUCACCCAGAUGAGAAGCCGUUUUCCUGUUCGGAGUGCGGGAAGACGUUUAGGCAAAAGUCAAAGUUCGCUAAACACCAGAGAUAUCACAGAUCUCAGAAGGCCCUUCCCUGUCCCGAAUGCGGAAAAUGUUUUACUCAAAAGUCGCUCCUUGAGAUACAUGAAAGAGUUCACACCGGGGAGAAGCCCUUUUGCUGCUCGGAGUGCGGGAAGCGUUUUUCCCAGAGCGGAAGCCUUAUCGCCCACCAGAGGAUUCACACCUCUGUCAGGCCGUACGUGUGUUCUGAAUGCGGGAAAUGUUUCACCCAGAGACAACAGCUCACGUUGCAUCAGAGAACUCACACUGCGGAGAAACCGUUUUCUUGCACCGAAUGUGGGAGGAGUUUUAGCCAAAGAGUAACCCUUAUGUUACAUCAGAGAACUCACACCGGUGAGAGGCCAUUCUCCUGUUCAGAUUGUGGGAAGAGCUUCACCAAAAGGCCUAGUCUGGUCGCUCACCAAAUAAUUCACCUCAGCGAUCGCCCGUUUUCCUGUUCUGAGUGCGGAAAGUCUUUUACCCGCAAAGGAAGUCUAACGACACACCAGAGAUCGCACACAGGGGAGAAGCCAUUCUCAUGCUCGGAGUGCGGGAAAAGGUUUACAAGGAAAACGUCAACUCUCAUCACGCACGAAAGAGUCCACACGGGGGAGAAGCCCUUCUUAUGCUCUGAAUGCGGUAGAUGUUUCAAGCAACGGUCAACACUUAUCACGCACGAAAGAGUCCACACGGGGGAGAAGCCCUAUUCCUGUUCUGAAUGCGGGAAACGGUUUUCGGACAAAUCCACCCUCAACCGGCACGAGGUGGUUCACACCAGGGAAAAGCCGUAUUCCUGUUCCGAAUGCGGCAAAUCUUUCUCUCAUAAGUGGUAUCUUAUUUCCCACAAGAAAAUCCACACGGGGGAGAGGCCGUAUUCCUGUUCGGAAUGCGGGAAGUGUUUUCCUGUAAAGGACAGGCUUGCCAGGCACCAGAUGAGUCACACCGGGGAGAGGCCUUUCCCGUGUUCCGAAUGUGGGAAAUGUUUUGCCGACAGAAGCAGCCUCAGGAGGCAUCAAAAAAGCCACACCGGCGACAGGCCGUUCCCGUGUUCCGAGUGCGACAAGUGUUUUAUUCACAAGUCGGCCCUUGUGCAGCACCAGAGAACUCACACGGGGGUGAAGCCAUAUUCGUGCUGUACGUGUGGGAAAUGCUUCAGGCAGAGGUCGGUUUUUGUGGCUCACGAAAGGACUCACACAACCGAGAAGGCAGUUCCUUGA